AAUAGAGUAAGAACCAUCCUAUGCAAACAAUACUGAAACAGUGAAACUGUUCCUACAAGGAAUCGAGGAAUGCUCUUGAAUUCAGUCUCUUUUCUUCUCGUUUCCAUUGCUGCCAGUUGUACCUUCUCUGUUGCUCUAUCUUCCUGCCUUAAUUCCUUAGUAUUGUGUCCAUUCAUGCCGGUAGAGUGAGCUGUCUGUGCCGUAAUACAGGGAAGACUGAAGUGCACGGCGGAAGAGGAAGAGAUGCUGGUGAUGGAGACAGCGUGGGGGGUCCUGCUGACGGUGACGGCUGCAGCUAUGGGGCUGGUGGCGGUGUGUGGAGGCUUGAGACGGCUGCACGAGUGGGUGCAGGAGGUCGGCCUUGGGGAGAAGCGCCGCCACCUGCCGCCGGGCGACAUGGGUUGGCCCAUCAUCGGUAACAUGUGGGCCUUCCUCCGCGCCUUCAAGUCCGGCCAACCUGAUUCCUUCAUCGCCUCCUUCGUCCGACGAUUUAAUGGCGUGGGUAUGUACAAGGGGUACAUGUUCGGCAGCCCCACGAUCAUGAUCCACACGCCGGAAGGCUGCAGGCACGUGCUGAUGGACGACGAGCACUUCAUCCCCGGUUGGCCGAAGUCGACUCGGCUGCUCAUGGGGGAGAAGUCCUUCGUCGGCAUCGUGCGCGAGGAGCACAAGCGGCUGCGGCGGCUCACCGCCGCUCCCAUCAAUGGGCACGAGGCACUCAACGACUACCUCCAGUUCAUCGAGCACACCGUCGUGUCCACCCUCGAGAGGUGGGCCGGGAUGGGCCAGAUCGAGUUCCUCACCGAGAUGAGACGGCUCACCUUCAGAAUCAUCAUGCAGAUCUUUCUGAGCUCCGGGAGCGAGGAUGUCAUACGAUCCCUGGAGAAGGUGUACACCGAUCUCAACUAUGGGGUGAGAGCCAUGGCUAUCAAUCUCCCAGGGUUUGCCUUCCACAGAGCCCUUAAGGCCCGAAAAAGUUUGGUUGCAACUCUUCAAAGUGUGGUUGAUGAAAGAAGAGCAAUGAAAGCAAGAAAUCUAUCUCCAGCAAAGAAGGACAUGAUGGAUAAUCUAAUAGAUGUCGAAGAUGAAAAUGGUAGGAGAUUGAACGAUGAAGAGAUAAUUGAUAUCCUGAUCAUGUACCUCAAUGCUGGCCAUGAAUCUUCUGGCCACAUCACCAUGUGGGCUACUGUCUUUCUUCAGGAGAACCCAGACAUCUUUGAGAAAGCCAAGGCAGAGCAAGAGGAAAUCAGAAGAAGCAUGCCACCUGCACAGAAGGGGCUAACACUCACUGAAGUGAGGAAGAUGAAGUAUCUUUCAAAGGUUACCGAUGAGACGUUGCGCAUGGUUAACAUAUCAUUUGUUACUUUUCGUCAAGCAACCAAAGAUGUUUAUCUCAAUGGCUAUCUGAUACCCAAGGAUUGGAAAGUUCAGCUAUGGUUCAGAAAUGUUCACUUGGAUCCUCAAGUAUACACCGAUCCUAAGAAGUUCGACCCCUCUAGAUGGGAUGAUUUCACACCCAAAGCUGGAACAUUUCUUCCCUUUGGAGGAGGCAGUAGGUUAUGCCCGGGAAAUGAGUUAGCCAAGCUAGAGAUUGCUGUCUUCCUGCACCAUUUUCUCCUCGGCUAUGAGCUUAAGAGACUAAAUCCGAAGUGUCCUAUCAGAUACUUGCCUCAUCCUCGGCCUACCGACAAUUGCAUGGCAAAAAUCACAAAGCUCUCUGCAAUAUCCAUGUAAAAAGAGCAAAGCAAAACUCUAAAUUACCGAAUAUUCUCUCAAUCAGAACAUAAGAUUCAAAGCAGCUAAUCAUCCCUAUAUUCAAUAAGCUUCAUAAACAAAUGCAGAACAUUCUAUUCGAAUAUGACAUUCCUUUUGUGUAUGCAUUUAGAAGUACUGGUUGAGUAAGUGAC